ACAAACAGUUGUAGUUGAUGUUUCUCAUGGUAUUUUUUUUUUUUUUGGGCCGCAUGUCUUUUGGAGAAUGAGGGACAUACCACGUGGACAGACGACUUGGACCAGGGAUUGAAGUGUUGAAGAAGAUUGCUUGGCUAAGUAUUCUGGACCUUACGGCAGAAAAUCUUGGGAAAAGAAGAAAAAGCAGGGCAAGGAGAGAAAGUCAGUGAAAAAAAUCUGACUUUAAAGUCAAACUUCUCUGUUGCAGAUAUGCAUGAGGAAAAUACAGCUGCAACAAAUGGAUGUGGCAAAAUCAGAAGUAGUACCCAGAAUGAGGCUGCCUUACUGGCCCUGAUGGAGAAGACUGGAUACAGCAUGGUUCAAGAAAAUGGGCAAAGAAAAUUUGGUGGUCCUCCACCAGGUUGGGAAGGUCCUCCACCACCUCGUGGAUGUGAAGUUUUUGUGGGUAAGAUUCCUCGUGAUAUGUAUGAAGAUGAAUUGGUUCCUAUUUUCGAGAGAGCUGGGAAGAUCUACGAGUUUAGACUGAUGAUGGAAUUCAGUGGUGAGAAUCGAGGCUAUGCUUUUGUAAUGUACACUGCUAAAGAGGAAGCCCAGCUGGCCAUCAGGAUUCUUAACAACUAUGAAAUUCGUCCAGGGAAGUUUAUUGGUGUCUGCGUCAGCUUGGACAACUGCAGACUAUUUAUUGGAGCAAUUCCAAAAGAAAAGAAGAAACAAGAAAUACUGAAUGAAAUGAAAAAAGUUACAGAAGGAGUGGUGGAUGUCAUUGUUUAUCCAAAUGCCACUGACAAAACUAAAAAUCGUGGCUUUGCUUUCGUAGAAUAUGAGUCUCACAGAGCAGCUGCAAUGGCUAGAAGAAGGCUAAUCCCAGGAACGUUCCAGCUCUGGGGUCAUACUAUUCAAGUAGAUUGGGCAGACCCAGAGAAAGAAGUUGAUGAAGAAACAAUGCAGAGAGUCAAAGUGUUGUAUGUAAGAAAUUUAAUGCUCUCUACUACAGAAGACACAAUUAAAGCUGAAUUCAACAAGUUCAAGCCAGGGGUGGUUGAACGUGUAAAGAAGCUGAGAGACUAUGCUUUCGUUCAUUUUUUCAACCGAGAGGAUGCAGUUGCUGCAAUGUCUGUAAUGAAUGGGAGGUGCAUUGAUGGAGCUAGUAUUGAGGUAACGCUGGCAAAGCCAAUUAACAAAGAAAGUACUUGGAAACAACAUUUUAAUGAUCAGUUAAGUCCCUGUUCUGAAAGUCUCUUAGGGUUUCCCAGCAAAGAGGAUGGUCAUCAAAAAUCUGCCUGGAAACCAGCAGUUCGUCUUAAUGGUCAGCACAGUCCAAGCCCCCCUGAAGUUGAAAGGUGUACGUACCCAUUUCUUCCAGGAACAAAGCUUACUCCAAUUAGCAUGUAUUCUUUGAAAUCUAGUCACUUCAGUUCUGCAGUAAUGCACCUGGAUUAUUUUUGCUAUAAAAAUAACUGGGUACCACCAGAAUACUACUUGUAUUCAACCACAAGUCAGGAUGGGAAAAUACUUUUGGUGUACAAGGUACUUAUUCCUAGUAUUGCAUAUGGUUCCCAGAGUUACUUCAUGCCAGACAAACUCUGUACAACAUUAGAAGACGCGAAGGAAUUGGCAGCACAGUUGACACUUCUACAUCUAGUGUCCGAGGCAUCGGGCUUGGUGAUUCUGGAUCGUGCAGCUCUAGAUAGCAGCAUGAAAUACCUGAAGCUGGAUGUUGUUGGAUGGGACAGAAGAUCCCUCUUACUCAGUGAAGUGUCUGUCAUAUGGUCUGACAUGUUGAAUGAUGCUGCAUGGCAUGCCAGCGAUAGGAUGGAGGAGCUCAGUUAUCCCAAGUCACCCAGCAUCACUCUGGAGCACUUCUUUACUGUCAAACGUUGUCCUCAGCAAGAGGUGGGCACUAAUCUCAUCUACACAGUGAUGCAGAAUGUGAGCGAUGGAAGUGUGGUCCGUGCAAAAUGGGAUUCAGCAUGUGGGGAAAAGGAUUACAUGGUAAACUAG